AUGGCUAAAAGAACUAGAGAACAAGAGAUCGUGGAGGAUGUUCAACCUUUAAAGAAAUCCACAUUAACCAGGGAACAACUUAUCAAGAAACUCACAAAGAAAGAUGUCAAAGAAGAUAGCGAUGAGGAUGUUGCAGAUGAACCAGAAUCAGAUCAAAUUGAUGAUGAUGAAGAUGAGGAUGAAAGUGAAGGUGAUGAAGAUGAAGAAGAAACCAAUGGCCAAGAAGUUCAACAAUCUGGUAAGAAAAACAAAAGUGCAUUAUCUGCUCAAGAAGUUCAAAUUGCUAGAGAAACUGCAGAAUUAUUCAAAUCAAAUAUUUUCAAAUUACAAAUUGAUGAAUUAAUUAAAGAAGUUAAAUUAAAAGACACUAAAGUUGCCAAAAUUGAAAAAUUCUUACAUAAAUUAUAUGAUAUGAUUCAAACAAUUCCAGAUUUAAAAGAACAUUCGUUAGAAGAUGCUGAACUUUGGUUUAAAUCUAAAAAAACCACCAUACCAUAUAAUGAUCCUAAACCUACAAAUAUCAAUUAUAAAUUUGGUUAUAGUAAACCUGAAAACACAUCAAUUAUUGGUUCUUUCGGUUUGAAGACUGCUAUACAAUCACCACAUGGUUUAUCAAUUGAUGUCAAUGUCACAAUGCCAAAAGAAUUAUUACAAGCUAAAGAUUAUUUAAAUUAUAGAGCUCUUCAUAAACGUUCAUUUUAUUUAGGUUAUUUAACUGAAAAUUUGAAAACUGUUUUCAAAAAAGAAGGUUUAGAUUUCUUAAAAUUAUCUUAUACUUAUUUAAAUGAUGAUAUACUGACUCCAGUUUUGAAAAUUCAAGCUUUAAAUAUUAAUCAAGGAUCUGAAUAUAAUUUCUACAAGACAAAAUUUUCCAUAAAUGUUCUUGUGGGAUUCCCAUUUGGUGUUUUUGAUGCUAAAAAAUUAUUACCAAAUAAAAAUUGUAUUAGAGUUCAAAAAAAUGAAGAAUUAGAAUUGCCUCCAACUUCAUUAUAUAAUGCAUCAAUCUUAACAAUGACUUCAUAUGAUCAAUAUUUGAAAUAUCUUUAUAAAACUAAAAAAUCUGCAGAUCAAUUCAAAGAAGCUUGUAUCUUGGGUAGAUUAUGGUUAUCUCAAAGAGGUUUAAAUUCUACAAUGGAUGCUGGUGGUUUUGGACAUUUUGAAUUUGCUGUUUUAACUGCUGCUUUAUUAAAUGGUGGUGGUGCAAAUGGUAAUAAAAUCUUAUUACAUGGAUUUUCAAGUUAUCAAUUAUUUAAAGGUGUUAUUAAAUAUAUUGCUGAACAAGAUUUAUUAACUGAUGGUCAUUUACAAUUUUAUUCAGAUUCAAAUGAUUCAACAAAAUAUAUUAAAGGGGGAUUUAAUACACCAACAAUUUUUGAUAAAUCAACAAAAUUAAAUAUUUUACAUAAAGUUACCAAAAAUUCUUAUACAAUUUUAGUACAUCAUGCUAAGAAAACUUUAGCUUUAUUAAAUGAUGUUGUUGUUGAUAGAUUUGAUUCAUUAUUUUUGAAAAAUUCCAAUAUAGAUUACCUUAAAUAUGAUUUUAGUGUUAAUUUCCAACUUUCACCAAAUGGUGAUGCUGCUUUUGGUCCUUUUGAAAAAAUUACAUUUUUAACUUAUGAAAAUUAUAUUGCAAAUAAAGUAUCCACAAUUUUAAGAUAUGGUUUAGGAGAUCGUGUUCGUGGUAUUGAUGUUAGAUUUGAAAGAACUGUUGAAUUUGAUACAUCAAAGAGAAAACCAUCAAGUCAGGAAUCAUUAAAUGUUAUCGUGGGCAUUUUAGUUAAUCCUAAUGAAGCUGAAAAAUUAGUUACAAAAGGUCCAAAUGAUAGUGAAGAUAGUACACAAUUUAGAUCUUUCUGGGGUCCAAAAUCAUCAUUAAGAAGAUUUAAAGAUGGUAAUAUUACACAUUCUGUGAUAUGGUCUAAUGAUUAUAAAGAACCAAUCAUUUUAUCUAUUAUUGAUUAUAUUCUGAAAACUCAUAUUAGAGAAGAUUUGAAAAUAGAGAGUAAUAUUACAAAUAUUAAUAAAUUAUUACCAUUACCAAACUUACCAUCAUCAACAAAACAAUCUGUUGUUUCUACAAAUUCAUAUAAUUCAUUAUUAAGAAGUUACGAUACUUUAUAUAAGAUUUUAUUCAAACUUGAAUUACCAUUAUCAAUUAGAUCAAUUUUACCAAUCAGUCCAGCAUUAAGAUACACAUCAUAUUUACAACCAGUUCCAUUUGCCGUUUCAAAUAAUGACUUUUUUAAUGACCUUGUAUUACAAUUUGAAACCUCAACUAAAUGGCCUGAUGAAAUCUCUGCUUUGGAAAAAGUUAAAACUGCAUUUUUAUUGAAAAUUAAUGAAAUUUUAUCAGCAGAAACUGCUUAUAAAAGUUAUUUAACAAAAGAAGAAAAUAUUAUUCCUUAUAAUUUUGAUAUUACAACUUUGAAUAUCUUGACGCCUGAAGGUUAUGGCUUUAAAUUACGUGUUUUAACUGAAAGAGAUGAAACAUUAUAUUUAAGAGCUGUUGGUAAUGCUAAGAAGGAGAAAAAACAUGCAUUAGAUUCAAUUUAUUUCAAUUUCAAACAAAAUUAUCAAGAUUCAGUUACACAUACAAGAACCAUCUCAUCAUUAUCACAUCAAUUCCAAUAUUAUUCCCCAACAGUUCGUCUUUUCAAAAAAUGGUUAGAUGAUCAAUUAUUAUUAUCCCAUUUAAGUGAAGAACUUGUUGAAUUAAUUGCAUUGAAACCAUUUGUUGAUCCUGGUCAAUUUGAUGUUCCAUCUUCUGUUUCAAAUGGGUUCUUAAGAAUUUUACAUUUCAUUUCACAGUGGAAUUGGAAAGAAGAACCAUUAAUCUUAGAUUUAAGUAAAAAACCAGAAGAUGAAGAAGAAGCUAAUAUUUUAUCAAAAUUAUCUGAUCGUUUAACUGUUCAAUCACAUCAACAAAUUAAAUCAAAUUUUGAAAAAGUUCGUAAAGAAGAUCCUCAAGGUUUGAAAACACAAUUUUUCGUUGGUACUAAACUUGAUCCAUCAGGUAUUACUUGGUCUCAUAAUUUAUCAUUACCAAUUGCUACAAGAUUAACAGCUUUAUCAAAAGUUGCUAUACAAUUGAUUAAUAACAAUGGAUUGAACAAGAAAACUUUGGACUUAUUAUUUACACCAUCAUUAGGUGAUUAUGAUUUUGUUAUCAAUUUGAAAAGCAUCCCAUUAACUACCUCUUCAGGUAUCUUACCAAAUACAUCUGCAUUCAAAAACUUGUUGAAUACAAGUAAUUCAUAUCCAUCAGACAUUACAUCUAAAUUUAAUCCAAUUAGAAAAUUAAUUCAAGAAUUAAAUUCUAAAUUUGAAGGUACUAUAAUUUUUUCAUAUCAUUCACAUACAUUAUCAGAAUCUGGUGAAAAUGUCAUCACUGGAUUAUUCGUACCUAGUAAAUUACAAAACUCCAAAUUUAAAGUUCAAUUAGGUUAUAAUUUUGAACCUGUUACCAAAGAUGAAGUUAAAAUUAAUAAAAAGGCAAUUUUCAAUGAAAUUUUAAACGUUGCAGGUGAUUUAGUCGCUGGUUUCCAAACAAGACAUUGA